AUGGGGGAUCAGUAUGAGUCCAAUGUGCCGGGUACUACUGCUAGUAGCCAAGACUACCCCAGAUCUUGCAGUCAAAAUCUAGCAAUCAAGACUACCCCAGAUCUACCCCUACUAGCAGAUGGCAACCCCAACGAUCUUACUACUAGAAGUUUGAGAGAUACUAGCUGCAUGGUUGACAGUUUGAGAGAUACUAGCUGCAUGUUUGACAGUUUGAGAGAUACUAGCUGCAUGUUUGACAGUUUGGGAGAUACUAGCUGCAUGUUUGACAGUUUGGGAGAUACUAGCUGCAUGUUUGACAGUUUGAGAGAUACUAGCUGCAUGUUUGACAGCUUUGAUGCCUCUCCCACGGUUCCACAAGGCUUUGAUGCCUCUCCCUCGGUUCCACAAGGCCAUGAUGCCUCUCCCUCGGUUCCACAAGGCCUUGAUACCUCUCCCUCGGUUCCACAAGGCCUUGAUGCCUCUCCCUCGGUUCCACAAGGCCAUGAUGCCUCUCCCUCGGUUCCACAAGGCCUUGAUGCCUCUCGCUCGGUUCCACAAGGCCUUGAUGCCUCUCCCUCGGUUCCACAAGGCCUUGAUGCCUCUCCCUCGGUUCCACAAGGCCUUGAUGCCUCUCCCUCGGUUCCACAAGGCCAUGAUGCCUCUCCCUCGGUUUCACAAGGCCUUGAUGCAGUUUGA